GGGCAAGAUUGGCGUGAGCGAUAUUCUCGUGAGAAGAAAUUGCGGGAAAUAGAAACAAAAAGUGGAAGUGGAAAUUCAUUGAGACCACCAUUUCCUUUAUACGAACAAAUGAACUUUUUGUUCAAAUUUGUCAAGAGUAGGAAAACUAUAAGUAAUAUAUCGGACUUGACUUCAAAACAUCCAAUCAAUGAAUUACAUCCAAUCAAGACAAAUGAGUUAACAGAAAAGUUAGGAUCCUCAAAUAUAUCAAAAAAUCAGAUUCGAUCAAAUAAGAAAGAUGAUAUAAUUAAUAAAUUGCCUAAAUCAAUGUCAGCAACUGUGAAUGCAUCAGCAAUAGUAGCUUCUACAAGUUCAUCGAUACCUUCUACAUUCCAUUCUCCUUCUUACUCAGUUCUCAAAUCUUGCUCACAUAAUAGCGAUAAUUAUUCCCAGAGAAAUAUGGAAGAACCAGAUAAACAUAAAUCUUCAGAAUUUGAUAGCGAUGAUGAUUUUUCUUCAUCACAUAAUCCAAAUCCAUUAAGUAUUGCAUGCAGUAACAAAAAAAUAUUUCCUCCACUAGAGUAUUUAGAAACAUCAGAAAACAAAGCAAUUUCUCCAGCAGCGUAUUCAACAUCUUUACCUAACAGUAAAAUUUCAUAUGAACUUGAUCGAGAAUUGGUAUCUCCAACAUUAUCUUUUGAUUCGUCAUCAGGCAUGUCAUCUAAUCUACCAAAAAGAUUAAAAAAAAAUAUUAAACGCACCCCUUCAGCAGAUAAGAUGGAAGAAUCAUUUUUAAAGUUAACGUCAGUAGUUUCAUCACAUUUAGAAAACAAAGCUCCAAAUGUAACAUUCUUUGAUGCAACGGAUGAAGAUGACAUUUUUGCAAAAGCAGUUGCAUGUCAAUUAAAAAAAAAUUCGGAACCUCAAAAAUCUCAACUAAAAGGUCAAAUAAUGAAAAUAUUGUAUAAUCUGUAAAACAGAUUACAAAACAUUUUAUUAUAUAGUUAUCAAAAUAUAAAUG